CAGCACGAAGCUACAAACAAGGCUUUCUUGGUGCCCAAAAGCAGGAUUCGGGUUGAGCUGCAAGUUAUAUAGGCUUUCUACACAAAAUCAUGGCCGAAAAGGAAUACACGCUCUACGUUACUGAAAAGGUCCAUUGUGUUUGGCUAGCAGAUGGAGACGUUCAUGUACUCCUUGAAAGCAAAGUGUUUGAAGGUCCUGAUCAUCUUGGAUGUGCUGUUGUGGACAGAAUAAGCAACAAAGAGGUUGUUCUGGAAUACUUGAAAACAAUGGUCUCCAUCCCACAGAUCGAAAGGCUCAUAACUAUGGUUCCAGUGUCAGAAACUGGAGUUUUCAAUGACUAGUUAAUAUUAUGUGUUGUUGUGAACAUAUUUUAGCGAAUUGAUCAUUAUAAUGCAUAAAACCACACUUUCAGAUAAGUAACAAAUCACC